AUGACAUUCGCGCAAUUCCCCCAACUCCCCCCCGAGCUCCGCCACUACAUCUGGCACCUCACCCUCCCCGACCAAGUCCGGCCAGGAGUACUAUUUCCGUACAACGAAGUAAGCGCACCACUACCCCAUCUGUUGGUCAACAAGGAGGCAAAUGGCACGGCGCGCUCGUGGGCCCGCAAACUCGGCCUCCAGAUUCACUUCCGCCCAGACAUCGGGACCGGGUCGCACGUCGUCACCCACCACUUCGACCCGGACCAUGACACUCUCUACCUCCACGCGACGCAACUCGCCCGCUUUUGCAUCGACCCGCUCGACCGACGUGUGGAGCAGCUGCCCAGAGAGCGGAUGGUUAUCCGUGACAACGGGGAGGGUCACCCCCGCAUCGCCAUAUCCAGCAUGUCGCUUCACUUGGAGCCCCGCGCGCUGGAGAGGAUCUGGUGGUGCUUCCCGCGGCUGGAGCGGGCCUACAUCGUUCUCAAUCCGCCGGAUCUGAAAUCUGCGGAGGAUGGGUGUGAGAUUCUGCCGGAGGGGAGGUUUCUCGCGUAUAGGGCGGAAGGCGGGGAGUUUGAGUGGAGUGGGGAGGGGGAAGGCGAGUGGCUCUGUGGGGAGAUCCUCUAUGGCCGAGUGGAGGAGGCGUCCAGGAAGCUUACCGCGUCGUUGGUCGCUGCGGAGGUCCAGCGGUUUGAGAUUCGACCUGUCUCGGUCGCUACGAGGGGGAAGGGGUUGUCGGAGGUCGCAAGGUAA